GAGUGUUCUAGAUUGUUCCGGAGUGUCCUAAAUUAUUCUAGUUUGUUUAAAAUUAUUCAAGAGCAUUAUUCUAGAGUGUUCAAAAGUGUUCAAAAUUGCACUAGAAUGUUUUACAUUGUUUUAGAGGGUUCUAAAUUGUUUUUGUAUGUUUUAGAUUAUUCAAGAAUGUUU